AUGAAAAAACGGGCGAGCAUCACAAAUGUUGAGCUGGAGGAAAUCGUUUUCAUAUUGCUGAACUGUCUGGAUGAAGAAAAAAAAAGAAAUCGAGAAAUUAUCAACACGCUUAAAAUAUAUCUCGUGUACCACAAGGGACAAAUCCUUAACUACGUAUUUUCCUUUUUACAAAUUCAGAAAGUCAGUCACGAAAAUCAAAAAUUGCUACUCUGUUUGGUUCACGACUUUGUUCAUUAUUGCAUUCAUAAUCGUUUUAGCAACACUGUUGAUGAGUACCUGGACGAGAUUAAAAGGAAUGAAACAGAAAAGGAGAAAAAAGUGGCCACACAAAAGGGGAGGACUCACAAAUUUAAGGACAUACACAUCUUUGACAAUAUUUUAAAAUACUCCUUCUUCGAUGGCGAUGAGUAUUGUUUUGUGUUUCAGGAUAUCCCUGAGGGGGGAUUUCUUCCAGACGCAGUUCCACUGCAAGGGGACACGGCUGAGGGGGGACAUCUCCAGCAAGGGAGCCUGAACUUUGCAACUGAUGGGAACCUCAUGGAGAGAAUUAUAAGAAGAAGAAAAAAAAAAAAGGGGAACAUCUUCCAUCAGGAUAAAAUCGCAAAGCUGUUGUGCCUCAAAAAGGAUGAAUACAAAACAGCUGUGAUAGGCGAAACAAAAGCCCCCCAGAAAUUAAAUCAGUGCACGUCUCUACAGAGGAAUGCCUCCCACUGGAGUGGAGGUAGUCACACGCAGAAUGCGAAAGAAAGUUCCGAAAUAAAUAACAUCAUUAGAAAUAUAAUUGACUUUCUGCUGAACGAAAUUCUGUUCAUUAAGAGGGACGACGAGCGACACGGGAUCAUGACCAAGCUGCUGAUUCUGUGCGUCUUGAGGGAGGACGCUUAUUUGAAGAAGAAGCUCGUGGAGAAGCUGAACGGGUGUGUGCGCGUGCGGGGGGCUGUCGUCCCUGUGAGGGACUCCCACGAGGGGGAGGGAAAACCGACUAACGAUAAAGUGUGUGACGAUAAAGUGUGUGACGAUAAAGUGCGUGACGAUAAAGUGCGUGACGAUAAAGUGCGUGACGAUAAAGUGCGUGACGAUAAAGUGAGGGAGGACAAAGUGCGCGACGAUAAAGUGCGUGACGACAAAGUGAGGGAGGACUUUCCCGGGAGGGGCAACCCCAAGCUGUGCGCCUACCUGGAGCUCUACAUCGACCUCUUCACGCAGGUACCGCACCUCACCAAAAGCGUGCUGAACGAAUUCUUCAACGCGAUCCUUUCUAUGGGCCAGAGCACCAGGCAUGCAGAUCUCACUUACAAAAUUAUGAUCGAAAUAUUUCAAGACAUUCAGUUCCCCUCAGUUCUGUACACAAUCGUUAGCAUGAACACGAAAUAUAAGAGGAAGAAUUUUAUCAUCCCAAAUAAACACCACGCUAAUGUGUAUAUUGAAAACGACAUAAUUCAUUUGUCCCUGGAGAACACCAGCGAGGAUACAUGCACAACGUAUACCAGGGAGUCGUCUCUAAAUUCGAACGUCCCGGGGAAGAAUAACGACUCGGGGAAGAAUAACCACGCGGGGAAUAAUAACCACUCGGGGAAUAAUAACGACCCGGGGAAGAAUAGCCACUCGGCGAUUUUCACUGACAACGUUAGACAGGCCAACCUGCACAGACUCAGGGAGGGGGAUAAGAAAGGGAAAUCCACGUCAUGUGUGGAACACUCGUCUGAACACACGUCGAAGAAUGCAUCCCCACGUGACGUAUUCUAUGACGCGAACAAUGGCGAACUGGGGCGAGAUGGGUGGAAUAUCCCCCUUGGGGAAGAAUGCUCCCAAGAAAAAGGCAGUGAUAGCAGGACAGAGUCGAGCAGGGGUGCCUCUAAAGGUAAACACGACCUGGUGAAGGCCGCCAAGGGAGAAGCUAAACCAAGCGAGCAUGCUUCCGAAACUUUUUGCAACGAAUCGGAAGGGUCGUCAGAAAAGUACUACACGGUUAAGAAUUGGAGGGAAGAGGCGGUCUGCCAGGUGCCAAAGGGAAGUGGGGGGAGGAGCCGCAAAGGCAGGGCUGAUGUUCUCCGUGACAAAGGAGCUCCCUCCUCUCCCCCCUUUGUUCCGUCCCCCGUCGCCUCGUCCCCCUCUGCCGCCCAUGGCAUCUGUGAGAAGGAACGAAAAAGGACAGAAGAAAUCAGAACCGUGUGCACAAAAAUGCUAACCCUAUACCUUAGCAUACUUCCCAGCCUGAAGCAAAGCACCGAAAAUUAUAACAAACUCCUUUACAUCAUAUCGAAGUUGGUUCUCUAUGUAAACAAUGACGAAAUGACGAAGCAGGUGGUCCAAAUAUAUAUCCAUUACUUCCUCGUUUUCUUCCACUCCACCAUUAACAACGCUGCUAUUAGUGACAUCUCAGGAAUAUACAAUAAGGACUUACAAGUGUACAUAAACUACAGUAAUGUAAGGGGGUUACCACAGUACAAUAUAAUUAAUAGCUUCCGAAUCAUUCUUCAAAAAUGUCUGCCGAAGAUACAUCUCAUUGUCGGUUUCGCUAGCCACAUUCUGAAAAUAGCCUAUUCCAUUCUAUAUAUCAUGAUCAAUCAAAACUACACGAUGAAUAACGCUAAGGGGGUUGUAAACUACAUAUCAUCUAAUCUGUACAUCUCAACGUUUAUUGAAAUUAUGGAGCUAUUCAAUAUCUUCAUAAGUUGUACGUAUACAAAUAACUUUGUGUUUAAUUUGAUCAGGGAGAAAGUGAAGUCUAGCAUAAAGGUAGAAGUUAUGGUUUCACUGACUCUGUUGAGACAGUACCUUUUGCUCAUAUCGGGGGACAUAGGGAUUGGUAAUAUAGUACACCUUUCUAAUCAAAACUUGGGUACAAAAGGGGGUGCUUACAAGAAGUACUUCAAACGGUUAAACAGCUUCAUCAGUGACACGAAUAGGAAUAACACCAGUAACGUCGAACUGGUUAUACAAAUGGUAGCAAAUAUAUCCGAUCGGUUUAGCAACGAUUUAAGUAUCAUUUAUAUGCUUUUAGAGGUUGACCUAAUUUUGUCGUACCACCACCAUUUUGAUUCCUUCUCAUUCAACCCGAGUGUCAUUCUGGGACUGCUCCCGCGGGUUAGCAGCCCCCUCUGCGACUUGUACAUGGUGUGCGAGGGGACCCGCGGUAGAGGCGCCACGGGGAAAAGUGGAAAAAGUGGACAAAGUGGGAUGAGUGGGAUGAGUGGAAAAAGCGCAAAAAGCGCAAGACGUGCAAAACGUGCAAAACGUGCACAACGUGCACAACGUGGGAAUGCGGAAAACGGACGGGGGGGAGCCACCACAAGUGGAGAAACGCUUCCCCCCAAGGGCGACCAAUCGAACGAGCGCAUAAACACCAUGGGGCACCACGACCAGGAAAUCAAAACGUGGCUACUCAUCCCAAACAGACAUGUAAUCAAAAUAAUGCACUUCCUAAUUAACAUCCUGCUGAGCGAAGAAUCAAAAUUUAAAAAGCAAAAUAAAAAAUAUGGAUACUCAGUUGAUGACAAUGGAACCAUCAUAGACAUAAACAGCAGCUCCAAUGAGGUAUUAAAAAACGGAUUUGAUCAUAACAGGAUGUUUUUUGACAUACACUGGAACUUUUUCAUUUUCAUGUACCCUUCAGUUCCUUACAUAAAGAAGUUAAUCUCGUUAGCGUUUGAAAAACAUUUUUGUUUUUACUCUCCUAGAGUGUUGUACCCUCUGCUGUUCGAAUUAUUGGUAGAUGUAAAAAGCAGCUUCAGGAUCGUAGUAUCCAUUUUGAAGGCACUAAAUAUUAUAUGUAUACUUCUACACAAUCACAUGGUGAAGAAACACUUGAGACUUCACUCUAGACUACAUUAUAAUUACUUGGUGUUGCCAAAUAUAAGCAAUGUUAUAUCGGUGCUGUUUAUGUACUGCACCCACUCCGACUUUGUUGUUUCCUUUCUCAGUCUGCAACUCAUUUCUAUCUUGAGGAGCUUCACUCAAGGGAAGAGCAUCACCUCUGUGCAGAGCUUCACCUACUUUGAGUUACUCCUCAGUUUUGUUAGACUAAACAAUCAGGUUGUAGCUCACAAGGGGGGAACUGCUCCUCUCACUGGGGAUAGUCUAUGCAGCAGGAGAAUUCUCAAACAUAUAAUUGCACUUACCCGAGGGGGGGGAAAAAGGACUCUAAGACAAGUUGCAGCUGUGAAGCGGGCGCGAUACUACCGCUGUUUAAUUAAAAUGAGCUACAGGGAGAUAGCCAAACGGAUUAGUAAGAGAGUGCUGAACGUCUCUUUGAAUGUGAACUGCGGGAGGCUCCGCAAGAGUUGGCGGCGGAAAGUGCGCGCCAUCGCCAGGCACUACUUUAACGUGGAUUUGGGGGCGCUUGCCGCGCACCCCGACGGGAGAGGUGUCAACGGGAUGGCCGCCAAUGGGAUAUCCGUCGGUGUGACGUCCACCAAUGGGAUAUCCGUCAGUGUGACGUCCGCCAAUGGGAUAUCCGUCAGUGUGACGUCCGCCAACGUGACACCCUCCAAUGGGACACCCUCCAACGUGACUUCCUCCAACGUGAGCGCCCCGUUCAUCCUGGACAUGGGGGGACUCAUGGGCACGAACGCCCACGGAAACGACGAGGCGACCACAUUCCACGCAGCCAUGGAGUCCAUGAGCUACCGAUUUACACGAAUUCUACGACUGAUGCAGACCUUAUUUAGCAGCUACGUCAAAGUGGAGAUAGACAGGAUAUACAAUUACCACAGUUACGUCAUCACCUUCUUUUACUCACUCAUCGAGUUAGUUCGGCUCGUCAAAAGGAACCAAGAAUUUGAAAACACAUUUCUAUAUCUAAGUGUCAUCAACUUAGUGUGUGUAAUUAUAAAACAGUUUAGUGGAAAGUAUGCAAAUAAAAUGAUUACAAUUUUUUUUAAGCUCAACGAAGAAGUACCUGUUAAUGAGGAAGAAAAUUUGUUCCUAACGCUUUAUAUGAAUUUUUCUGCUAUAUAUAGAAGGCAUUUUUUUAAUUUAUAUGGAGAAAAAUGUAAUACUGCUUAUAUGAAGAAUUGUAUUGAGUGCAUUCAGUUAAUGAGAGCGGACUGCUUUUCCUCCAAGAGGAGUAGUGAGAACCAACUAGAUUUGAAUAACUUCAUGUUGUUAUCUAAUAAGUAUAAUACUGAUAUGUCUAGGGAGAAAAACGUUGGUCGUUUUUUACACUACCUCAGUGAAUACCAAACUGUUUACAGAGCAAGACUGCUCCAGCUGGGCGUUUGCUCCGAGGGGGGAAAUCACCACCGCACAGGGAAAAGGGGGUACAUUGAUGUAAAGCGGAACCCCUCCGCGGGAGAGAGAUCCCACGAUGGGGUGCAAUGCAGCGGGGUGCAAAGCAGCGGGGCACAAUGCAGCGGGGCGCAAAACGGCGGAGUACAGUCAACCACCCUACGGGUGAACCAACAAGAUGAUUUAAAAAACCGCCUUUACCAAAGUAACGAAGUGGUGAGGAAAUCCUACCAGCUACUGGAAGACAAACUAGGAUCUUACAUCCUCCAAAACGAGAUCAGCUUCCCCAUAAGCAAACCCUUCCAGCAGGACGUGACUGCCUACUACAUAGAAAGCAUACUCCACAAGAACAACCUAUUCCGGGUCCUAUUCCUACUAAACAAUAUAUACCACUCAGAUGUAGCCAACAGAAAAACUAGCGCCUUUUCAAUCUUUGGAAAAUCAAGCAAUGUCAUAAAUGCAGAGAAUAUAAGAAGUACGUUGAUAUUGACAAUGGGAAAAUGUCUGAGGAAAAUUCCCUCCUCAAAGGUUCGAGAUCUCUCCAUAAUUCGAGAUGUCUACAUGAACGAAAAAAUAUUUGCCAUUUAUAUUAAACAUGUGUAUGUGCCUCUAGUUAGGUAUAACACCACUUUGGGCAAUGCAAUAUACGGGAAGGACGACUCCGUCUUGAAUGAGGAGCAUAUUGUGAGGGAGGUGCUCUCCAACAAGCAGAGAUACGUGGAUGUGCGAUACAAGGAAGAGAUAAAAAUGAACGCGCUCGUUAGGAGGGGCAUCCUCUCUGGGUUUGAAAAGAAGGGAAGCGGGUCGUCUUCCCCGUAUGGAUCAUCUCCCAACGUGGAUGGCAACGUGGCCACCCUGGGGGGGACACCUACCGCCAAGGACACCACCAAUGGGAAUAUCAGCGGCAAUGUCAGCGGCAAUGUCAGCGGCAAUGUCAGCGGCAAUGUCAGCGGCAAUGUCAGCGGCAAUGUCAGCGGCAAUGUCAGCGGCAAUGUCAGCGGCAAUAUCAGCGGCAACGCCAACGCCACCGCCAAUUCCACCAAGGGGGCGCACCGAGCGAGGGACGCAGCAGGCGUGUGGAAGCGCCUCCCGAAUGAAAAAGUCAACCUACUCGUAUUCCAGCUUUUAGUCGACCCAAUUAUCUGCGCCCUCUACGAGGAAAAGGAAACGACUCUACAGGCGAGCUUGCUCAGAGCGGUGAAAAUGGUAUCGAAGAAGCUAAAGUGCAUUAGGGAAACCGGUGGGGAGGCAGCACACAGGCAUAGCACGAACUGGGAUCGAUCCGCUAAUCGAGCAAGCGAAAAUUUUGCAACUCCCCCUCCAUACGUAGUCACCAACACGUUAGACAUACCAAACCAGCGCUGCUCCAUCCAAGACGUGUGUGAUCAUUAUUUGAAAGAAAAUGUGAAUGAAAUCCCAUUUUACUCCUGCCUCUACAUAUACAAGUAUAUAAUUAUCCACGGGGCUUUGUACUACCUGAACAAUUUUGACGAUCAGACGCUGCCCAUCAGUAAUGUUACCUUUACCGGAGUGGAAAAUUUUGUCCCGUACUUUAAACAAGGGAAGAGUAUAAUUACAAAUAAAAGCGAGUACGAACUUAGGGAGGAUAUAAAAAAAAAUGGAUCAAAUGAAGAAUCGAAUAAGUACAACUUUGAGGAGAUGCACUUAGAGAAAGAACAACACAUCAUUGAAAAAAUUGACAAAUGGGGAAAAAUGAUGGAAUGGGAAUGCAUAGAAACGCAUGAACAAUCAGAUAAAGUAAUUUAUAAUGAUUAUUUUUCCGACCUGAUGAAGGAAAAAGGUACAAAAAAGGACUUCAGACAGGGGGAGACAACCCCGGGGUAUUUAACCCCGAGUGAAUCUCAUCUAGAUAUACAAAGUGAUACCUACACUAAUUUGAUGAACGCAUUGAAGGGCAUACAUAACUGCCUUUUUGUCCAAGAAUCCAUGCAGUUUCAGUCAGUAUUUAUCAUCGUACAUGUAUUAACAAACUUGCUUUUGAAAAUUGUAUUAAACGAGAGGAAGGAGAUCUAUCGCAAGUGGUACGAAAGUGGGUGUCCCCACGAGGGUGCAGAUGUACUAGGGAAAAAUACAGAUGAAUUGGUGAGGAACGAAGACGUGGAUGUGAAAGACUCAGCUGUCAAGUUGGACACCUGUCAUAUGCGGAGUGACCAUCCCAAGGAAAAGCACAAAAAUAAAGGUGCCAACAUAUCGAAGAGAAAAAAAAACAUACCCAAGGGGAAGAUGGCCAAAGAGAAAAAACGUCAAGAAGGGACGCACCAUAGGAAUGGGACAGAGAGGACCAACAAGCUCAUCGGAGGGAUGCCAAAUGGUAAGGAACAGACGGACCAUCAUGGUGGUGCCACUUCUCCACAUUCUGCACAUUCCGCUCACCGUAGGACAAGAGAUGGACGGGCCAAAUGGGACGGAGGGGGAAAGAGCCAAAGUGGCGCGGAUGAAGAUGCGGGUUGUAAGAGCAUCACACCGGACGAACUUUUCACCGGGUUGACGGAGGAAAAAUAUAAAAAAAAAAACGCAAAGAAGAAGACCGAAAAGGGACACAAUGAAGGGAACAUAAAUGCUCCCCUCCGAGCGAACCAACGGGACAAAAAAAUGCUUCACGCGAGCAACAAAAUGCUUCACGCGAACAACAAAAUGCUUCAUUCGAACAACAAAACGUUCCGCAACCUGAGCAAGUACCAAGGCGCUGCCUUGUCCUGCCUGAACCUCAUCACGUCCAUUAUCGUCAAAGCCACCCUACAAAUGGAUUGCUUCCCUCUGCAGUUUAAGAUAAUUAAGUACCUACACGACACCUGUGUGGCGACAAACAUAGCAGAAGUGAAGUUCCUAUCCUUCCGGAUUUUAUCUGAGAUAGUUAUUAAUGCUGCCAGGGUGUGGAGCCUCAACGGGAAGAGUAGAAUGGUGCCUCUCGAUGGAACUCCUCUCGCGGAGGCUGCUCAAACGGGCCAUCUGACAGUGUGUAGGUCAAGUGAAAAAAAACACCACCAUGCAGAUGCAAUAAAAGGGGACAAGUCCAAAGGAAAAGGAAAUGAGGUCGAAGCAACCCAUAGAGGAGGGAGAGAAAAUCGAAACGAACACAAUGAGAAGAAUCUCUCAUCAUGUAACUCCUCAAACUUUGAGAAGUAUUUCAAUUUGAUUUUUUCCUCCAAUGGGAACAUAUCUUAUGGAAAUUUUUUCGAUGCGAAUGAUGAGCGUGUGGGUACGCCAAACCGAAAUGAGAGCAACCAGCAGAGUGGUAGGGACAGCGAAAAAAGUGGAGAUGGAGGGAGCAGUACCGGUCGGGGCAGGUCAGAUGGACAGAACGACUCAAGCGAACACUACCUUGACAGCGUCAGCAAUGAUGAGGGUAAAGCCAUAAAAGAAACAACAAAUAAAGGAGUAGGCGGAAAUUACCUGCACCGAGGAGGGACAACCCUACGUGAUGUACGCGGUGAGGCAGGAAACUUAAACGACCACACGGGUAGUGACAAAGGGUCCGACUCCAGCAUCAUGUAUGAUCCCUCUGAUGGUGACAGUCUUCCAUGUGUGGAUCCAUCAAAAGGAAAGACGCGAGGGAGAAGUCUGCCAGAGGGAGCGGUCGACCAUGUCCCACGCAUGGAUGAAGGGGGGUCCCUCCAAGAACAAAACGGUGAAGCACAGAACGAAGGGAGGAACGAAUCGAAGAACGAAGCGAAGAGCGAACGCAAUUACGUGUGCGAGUGCAUAGGGCUGCUCAUCCCGUACGUUAAAGACCCCGAAAGAAUCAUUAGCUACCUAAGCGUGUGCUCCGUCUGUGCGCUGCUCGCAAAGUUGCAAAGGGGCAGAAUGCUGUCGAACUCGCACUUCGUUUACUUUUUUUUCAAUCGAAUAGAAGUUAUUUUGGAUGUUCUGUCCAACCCGGUGACGAAUCGCGCGAGAGGGAGAAAGGCGAAGAGGGGGGUGCAAAGGGAAAGGGCCAACUGGGAGGAGCAACCCGACAGGGAUAAAAGCAACACCUGGGAGAGGCAACCCGACAGAGAUAAAAGCAACACCUGGGAGGAGCAACUCGACAGAGAUAAAAGCAACACCUGGGAGAGGGAACUUGGUGGGGAAAUUAGGAACACCCUGGAACAGGACCCCGCCAACCAACCGAACAGCUGCACUGCAAAUUGCGAUGAGCACCCGACCGAAGAAACGUUCAGAGAUGAGGGAGAGGGAAUAAACGAGAAGACAUGCGUCAGCGAUGGGGGAGGAAGCGGUAGGGAACAUGAAGUAGGAGAAAUGACCUGCCAAGGGGAAAAAGCUAAGAAAGAGGGUCUAAAUGGUCUCCAUCUCGGAGAAGAUCAUCUCGGUGAAGACCAUCUCGGUGAAGAUCAUCUAAGUGAACCUCAUCACCCCGAACCUCACCACCCCGAACCUCACCGCCCUGAAGCUCACCGUCGUAGGCGUGGCCCGCUGGUCACCCCACGGCUGAGUUACAAAAAUAUCAGGAGCAACAUGCGCACUGUAGAAUUGCACAACAAGUUUCACGUCAAAGUGGGAACCAGGAUAAGGGAAAUAAACUUGGGAACUUACCAGACCCGUUUUAUUAAAAAACUGGGACAGCUUAUGAACAACAAAAGGAAAGAAAUUAACGUGUAUAAAGUUAUAAGUGAUGUGAUUAGUGAGGUGCUUUCCAGCGAGGAGAAGAAGUCCUAUAUCAACUGCCUCAUUAGUUGUAUUCAUAACAAGAACAGGCAAGUGGCGAUUAGUGGACUGAACCUUCUCAUGUACCACACAUGGACUGAACGAAUCAGCCAUCAGGACAUUGAUAUAAUUAUGAAUAGGGUGCUUAAUGAGGUGCACUACUACACGAAGGCGAACGUUUUGAACGGACCAGGGCAGAGCCUCCCAAGUGGGUCCUUUAGCAAGACGGCGACCCCCCGGGGCACGGACGAGCCGAACAACACGCUAGAGGCAUACCGAAAUAUGUGCAAGGCGCAGCAGAAUAUUAAGGGCCCAAGGAAGAACAGAAGAAACGACCCAACUGAUAAUCGAAGCAAUGACCCAGCUGAUAACCGAAACGACCCAGCUGACAACCGAAUAAACGACCCAGCUGAUAAACGAAGUAACGACCCAGCUGAUAACCGAAGUAACGACCAAAACAUCCUGGAGAGGGCACUACGAAUAAUCCUACUGCUGUGCAAAAAACACCCCUACGUAGUGGUGAACAAACUGUGCACACUGAAGUCCAAGUACAGUUACGAGCACGUGUAUUUUAUCUACAUGAUUUGUAAUAACGAGAGGUUGUUACAUAAAACGAUGGAUUAUUUAUUUUAUCUAAUGAACAGUCUGGAGACACUUAAACUGACUAAAAACUUGAGCAAUAUCCUUUCGUUGGUCUUCCACUUCCUCAAGUUUCGAAAUGGCUACAUAAGGGACUACACAAGGAGGUACUUUAUCGAGUUAUUUAUAAUUAUGUAUUAUGUCCUUGGGGUGAAGCAGCUGGGUCAUAUGAGUGGGGUUGUGGCGGACUCUACUCAUGAGCGCUCGGGCAGAGGGGAUAAAACAUUCAUCCCCGCAAGUAGAUUGCUUGAUAGGCAGCACCGUUUGGAAGGGGAAGCGCAAGUGGAGGCUCAAGUGGGAGCGAAGGAGGAAGCUCAGGUGAAAACGCAACGGGGGGAGCACCUCACCGAUGGGGGCCAAGCGGACAAGACAGAAGAAGCAACGGGGGUCGGUGCCCCGGAACUGACGGAGCACGUACACGAAACUGACCAAAGAGAGGAUCCAAGUGAGCGAGUUGCUGGGAGGUUCCAGGAAAGGAGGGGAGUUCCGGGAAGAAGCGACGCGAAAAAAGGAGCGCCCGCCCAUAGUAGAACUCCCCAUGAAGGAAAUAGCCAGGACGUCAUCCCCACACACACAUACAGCGAUGACACCUUUGAAAAUAUGAUCAACGGGUCCCCAUUUUUUGUUAGAAGGAAUAGCAUACUUCGCAGUAGGGAUGUGAAGAAGGUCUCCAAAAGAGAGUUGAAUAAAAAAAUUUACCAAAACUACACCUGCAGCAUAAGUGUGAAUAACACGCUGAACUGUUUGAGAAUUAUAAAGGAGUUGCUAAAGCUAAAUAAAAGGCAGAGGAUCCUAAGACGCAUCGAGGAAGGCAAUGUAGAGAAGCUCCUAUACUACAAGCACUCGUUUGAGAACGGGCUUAUCGAGUUGAUGCACAUUUUUUUGAGCAGCCUCGGGGGAAGUGGCGCGAGAGGAAGCACCACCAGGGAGAGCGUCGUAAGGGACGCCCACUGCGAACGUGGCUACUGCCGGAAGGUGUUCAAUUUCUUGGAGAUCUUCCUCAAAAGCAGAAACGUAAAUUACGUCAUUAUUUCGCUAGUCACUCUUUCGCAGCUCCUCCUGUGCAUGCGCAUAGAACCAGAAAACCUGAAAUUAGUGGACCCCAUAAUUAACGUCCUUUACCGUGUCAACUGUGCACACAAAAACGACGUGGUCACCAAGUACCUACAUCUGUGUUUCACCAACCUGUUUAUCAUUUUUAAAGCUAUCAGGAAGUACCAAACCGAAAUGGGUUCAGAACCCAUCCCCUUGCUAAUCAAAGAGGAAUACACCAUAAACAUACUUAACUCUCUUUUUGUAAAUCUAGACAAUGCUGACCGAAACAUAGUUAAGGUGACGUUGAAGGCUUUCAAGGAGGCAUGCAAAUAUGAUCGUGCGCAGUGGCCGUCUCCUCUAUGUGCUUCCUACGUCAAUAUUUUAACCACCCCCUCAGUUGUUCUUCCCUACUUGAAUAGCAGUGAGGCGGCGGAGAAGAUACUCAUGUGUGGGAUUCUGCGCGAGGUUUUUAGGACCCUCCGUUGGGAGAGGCUGCACAAGGGGGGGUCAGGGUCCCCCACUCAUGGAGAGAGGACUCUUGGAGAGAACACUCAUAGAGAGAACACUCAUGGAGAGAGCACUCAUGGAGAGAACACCCAUAAAGAAGAGUGGUCCAGGUCAACCACGCAAACAGCGAGUCUGCCGAAGAAGCACCUGUACGAAAUCGCCACCUACCUGAUGAUCCACCUGGUGGACAAAAGGAAAAACGUCUCAGCCAACGUGUGGAAGGCUUUGAAGGAGCUCCUCAGGUGGAAGUUCUCUCACCACGUGAAUGACACGUUGUUAUAUUUCGACCGCAAGCUGUUCCUCCCAUGCACAUCCGAAGUGAACACGGUCAGUCACAUCAACAUACAGAGGGAGUACUUCAAAGGGGCGGGUGCAGAUGAGGGGGAAAAGGUGACAGCGGAGGGGGCAGACUACGACUACUUCGCGAAGGGGUACGCUUGGGAUGAGAAAAGUGGCUCAAGGGGGGAAAUCAGCAUCGGUAUGUUGAGCGGCGUGCCUAAAGAUAGACCCACGGGUGGACACAAUAACGGUGUAGAGAAAGCGCAUCCACAGAAGAAGGUGGCCCCUCAUAGCAGGAACACUGUGGAGCGGCGCAAGGAGGGGGAGAAGAAGAACAAAGGGCACUCAGCCAACAGUACCGCCAACAGUGCCGCGAACAAAUCGGACGAAGAGAGCGACGUGAGCCAAGCGCACAGUUCCUCUGAGAUGAAGAAGGAAAAGAUCAACGCGUACUACUACAAACUCCUUGUGGAGAUUUGCAUCCCCCUUAUUAUAUGUACCGACACGAAGCUGUCUCGAAAGAGGGAUCUCUUCACAGAGUUGAAUAGCUACUUGUACGGAGCAGAUUUCGAAUCAAACGAAGAAGAAAAUAACAGCUUGCUGAACGUAAAAAACGAGAGUGACAAAUUGCAACAAAUAUUUUUUACCAAUCUAAAGAUGAACCUAAACAACAUCAACAGCGUCUACAGAGCUUAUAUUAUCCUACUCAGCAGCAGACGUUAUUUGGGGACAAACAUAUGGAACGCCAAUAUCCCAAUUAAUGACGAAAUUGAAAAAAUGAUAAGUGAGUAUGAAGUGAAAAGUACCAAGUCGAGAGCAGAGCAUGUGCUCUUUGGAGAUUUGAGAAAUUAUGUACACACUCGGAAGAGACGAGAGAGAAUUGAGAAAAUAGAGAGACGUGAGAGAAAGAAAAACAAAAAGAAAAAAGAAAUGGAUGCUAGUAGGGAAGAUGCUAUGCAAAAAAGUAUCACCUCCGUUUUGACGGACUCCAUAUUGAGCACCCUCUCUGGGACCUUCAAUUAUUCAUACGACGGCGCCCUUUUCAAUAGCCUUAAUGUUAGUGGCAACGUAGACGCGGAAUAUAACCACCGGGAAAAGGACUCACAAAACGGGGCUGCCAAAAGAACUCCUCAGAAUUGCAGCCGAGCCGGUUGGACGCAUCAAGCGAGUCAUACAGUGAAGACAGGUGAUUAUGCUCCCCCAAAUGAAAAUUCCUCCAGCGACGGGGAAGAUGCGAACGUGCGUAGGGGAGAAGAAGCAAAAGAGGGGGCUUCCCCCCAAGGGAGGGUUAUCAGCACGCACAACAUAUCAACCCGAGAAGACAGGAAGGACCAUUCUGCGAUCGGGCCAAAUGGAGAGCCAACUUGUGAUGACAGACAAAGGGAAGAGCUUAAGAGGGAAGCGACGCUGGAAGAGGGGCAUGGCACUCCCCUCCAAAGGGAGUUCCCCUCCCUGGAAUAUAUGAGAAGCCGCUCGCUCGACCCGGGGGAGGGUUUGUCCAAUGAGAACUAUGCGAAUUUUGUUUCGAGCAGCGACGAGGGGGAGGAGCUAUAUGGGGGGGAGGCACUGGGGAAAGCCGCAGGUGCGGAUGCACAGUGUUCGGGCGCCCCUGACAAAGAUGGCUCUCACGAAGAUGGCUCUCAUAAAGAUGGCCCUGACAAAGAUGGCUCUCAUAAAGAUGGCACUCACAAAGACACCACAUCAAAGCGCGUUGCGCCCUCCGCCGAACUGCUCAACUACACACCGGGCGACCGAAACGCGAAGCAAUUCCUGAGGAGAAAAAUUGCCAAAAUACAGGUGCUCAACCAAAAGUACAACUUCUUCGACAAUUUUAAAACAAUGCUGAAAUUAAAAAUGGAGACAAGUCUAUUGCAGUGGAUUGAAAUGUUGAAAUUUCUGAAGGAAGACCCCCCUGAGUUUGCGCUGUCCAAGGAAAUCAAAGGUGCUCACUUAUCCGAUUUUUUCGAGUCCGCUUUAAUAUGCGCACUGGCAGUUAUCAAAUUUGUUUCGCUCUCACUGGAUUGUAAGAAGCUGCAUCGAGUCACCUUCAAGAGUAUGAGGAGGGAAGCUCAAACCACAGGGGACGCACAAAAUUUGAACGUAAAAGUGGACAGAGCAGGAGGAGAAGAAAAGGAAGAGGAAGAGGAAGAAGGGGAACCCCACUCCUACCUGCAGGAUCAUAUGGAGGAAACCUAUUUCGUUCAGUUGCUGUCCAUCAGCAUGAAACUGGAAGCUCUUUGCUCUUCCAUUAGCAAGCAGCUUUGCGCCUUUUUGCAGGAGGAGCGGACGCCGGAGCACAUGUCCAUCAUUAGGGCCCUGGCCAUGCUCUCCAUCUUGAAGCCGUCCCCCUAG